AUGUCGGAGGCAGCAGAUUCAACUGCGCAGAUGGAUCACAUGCUGGAUUCAAUGACCCAGAAGCAACCUGAAAAUGAGUCUCAGUUCCAGAAGCUCGGGGAGGUUGUUGAAAAUGAUGACGACAAUGGUGUGGUUGAAAUCGAAAGUCUUUGUAUGAACUGUCAUGACAACGGAACCACUCGACUCCUACUCCUCCGCGUUCCGUACUUCCGUGACAUCAUCCUCGAGUCCUUCGAGUGCCCGCAUUGCUAUUUCAAGGAUAACUCUGUGAAGUCGGCGUCUCAAAUUCAAGUGCUCGGUUCCAAGUACACUCUGGUGGUAGAAAAUGAAGAAGAUCUUCAGCGACAAGUCAUCAAGAGUGAUAUCGCUAUCUUCAAGCUAGAGACUUUGGAGAUUGAGAUGCCCAAAGGAGAGUCUCAGCUGACCAAUGUUGAAGGCGUGCUUCAGAAGAUUCACUCUACACUCGAGAGCGAGCAGGAAUUGAGAAAGGACCAAGCCCCAGAACUAUAUAAAGCCUUAGAACCCAUCAUCGAGAAACUCGCCAAGAUGUUGAAUAGGGAAGCUUUCCCCUUUACGAUCUCUCUCGACGAUCCUACCGGUAAUUCAUGGAUUGCGCCCACCGCACACGAUUCAGGCAACAAAUACAAGCGUCGCGACUACCCCCGAACCCAUGAACAAAAUGAGGAAUUGGGUAUCGCAGCAGACCCAGACGCGCAGAAUGCCGAGGCCAACAUGGUGCAGACUGCUGGCGAUCCUGAAGAUCUCGACAUUAUCGAUGGACAAGUCUACACUCUGCCUGCAGAAUGUCCUGGAUGCGCCAAACAAUGUGUCGUGAACAUGCAAAAAGUCAGCAUUCCUUACUUCAAGGAAGUCUUCGUAUGGAGCACUGUCUGCGAUCAUUGUGGAUACAGAACAAACGAAGUCAAGACUGGUGGUUCCAUACCGGACAAGGGCAAACGCAUCACUCUGACAGUGGAAUCCAUUGAGGACUUGUCUCGUGAUAUCUUGAAGUCGGACACUUGUGCGUUGUACAGCCACGAGCUUGAGAUGUCCGUACAGCCUGGGACACUCGGUGGUCGAUUCACCACUGUCGAGGGUCUUUUGACUGAGGUUCGCGAUCAAUUGCACGGACAAAUCUUUGAUGUUGGAGACUCCGGCGCUGGAGACUCGUUGUCAUCUGGCGACAAACAAACCUGGACUCGUUUCUUCGACCGACUCGACUCUGCUAUCAAGGGCGAGUUGAAAUUCAUCAUUACAUUGGAGGACCCUCUCGCCAAUAGUUACGUGCAGAACUUGCACUUGCCCGACCCUGAUCCUCAACUAUCCGAGGAGGAGUAUACCCGUACUGAGGAGGAAGAGGACGAACUUGGUUUGAAGGACAUGAAGACCGAGGGAUACGAAAACGAUGCCGAGCAUGAAAAGGAGGGCGAGGUCGAAGAAUCCAAGGUAUAA